ACCCUGGCAUCAAUCUAGUCUGAGAGCCACUUUUAGGACCGAGGAACUACCGCUGUUGGACUCUUUUACUUGCUUUUGCUUCUUGCGAGCCUGAACCUCUUUUUCCGGAAAUACCAGCUCCCUGCUCGAAAUCGUCUGAAAAGAUGCUGCUCCUACUACUGGGAAUCAUCUUCCUGCACAUCGCUGCACUGGUUCUCCUGUUUGUGUCAACAAUUGUCAGCGUAUGGACUACCAAUGAAACCAGCACCUCAGACCUCUGGCGAAACUGCACUACUACUGCUGCUGCUGGAUACCACUGUAGCCCAGCAUCAACUGGAGAGUGGAUCCAGGCAGUCCAGGCUCUUAUGAUCCUAUCCAUCAUCUUCAGCUGCCUCUCUCUCUUCCUCUUCUUCUGCCAGCUCUUCACUUUGCAGAAGGGCGGACGCUUCUUCCUCACCGGAACUUUCCAGAUUCUUGCCAGUGAGUUCACCCCCCUUAACACUAUGUGCGGAGCCAUCAUCUACACAGUGAUGAGUUCGGGGUGGGUGCCAGAGAAAGACUCCUUCGGCUACUCCUACAUCCUGGCGUGGGUGGCCUUCCCUUUGGCACUGGUCAGCGGACUCAUCUAUGUCAUCUUGAGGAAGCGAGAAUGAGCAGUCACUCCAUCCCAGUGUUCCCAGUAACCCCCUGCACCAAACUGCAAGUGUCAACAGUCCCUCUCUGAAGUAUAAGUUCUGAUGCCUGAGUACUAACGGCCAAUGG